CCCACACUGUUUGACCUCUAAUUUUGCGAAGUUGGAUGAUCGAGCGGCGCUUCCCAAUCCCGGUAGUCCAGGAGUUAAAGUCAGGAUCAAGUGGUGUGAGAUCGUGAUGUCAGACACGGCGCGAGCUGCCGACCCGGAGAACGAGCUGCUGCUCAUAACGUGUGCCGGUGGGAAGCAGGCUUCCGCCUUGAUACCAAUCCUGCGGCCCAAGUGGAAGAAACUGCGGCUCGCAGUUCAUUCGGACGUCUCCGCGCGGGCCCUGCGCGAGAAGUAUCCCGACGCCGACGUCGUGCAGGCGGACCUGGUCAAUCCGGACGAUGCUAGGCGUAUCAUGAGCGGCGUCUCGGCGAUUUACCACGUUGGGCCAUCGGGAACGCCCCACGAAACGCAGUGCGGCUUCAACAUGAUUGACGCCGCGGUGGCCGAGCACGGAACAUUCAAGCAUUUCGUGCUGUCCUCCGUGUGGCCGACGCAGCUGAGGAAGCUAAUGAACCACGACUGCAAGCGCUACGUCGAGGAGUAUCUGAUGGAAAGCGGCCUCAACUUCACAAUCUUGCAGCCCAGCCACUUCUUCGAGAACACGCCGGUGGCGUUCUUCACACAGCAGGACAACCCUGUCUAUCCGAUCCCGUACAAUCCCGACACGAAGUUCUCGUUCACGGCCUUGAGGGAUCUGGCGGACGCAGCGGCAGCCGUUCUGGAGGGGCGGGAGAAGCACUUCUACGCUGCGUACCCGAUCAUAUCGACGUUGCCGACGAGGUACUCCGAAUUCCUGGAAAUCGUUGGCCGUGCGAUCGGGAAAUCGAUCCGGGUGGAGAAGAAGUCCCUUGAAGAGGGUGUGGCAUUACUCGCGAGUAGAUUCAAUGCGAAGGACGAGCCCCGGAAGAUGGAUGUCUUUGAGCGAAUUCUGCUCUACUACGAUAAGAGAGGGCUUUGGGGCAAUCCUGGAGUGAGUGAGUGGCUGCUGGCAAGGAAAACAACGAGCUGUGAAGAAUGGGCGAAGAUGCAAGCAGAGGCGUGUAGGCCACGAUAAGAUCUUGCCGAGAAUUUCCUUAUACAUACCUUUUGAUUCUUCAGCGGACAUUGGCUAUUUAGACAUGUCCAGAGAUGGUCGUGGUGAAGUCUGCUGCGUCGAACUAGGCUAGCAUUCUGUUAAAACUCGCGACUCUCACCAGCUAAACAAGCCGUAUCAAUUUUUCCGCACUUCCUUCGUAAUUUUCUGCAAGCGAAUUGGCAGAUUUUUCUAAAUGCCUCAUUUCAAUCCAUUCAACUCUUGAGCUUGUUUCCAUGUUGCAGUUCUGGCCCUGGCAAUAAACCUGUUGCUGCUUCUCACCUGUGCAGCGAAGGGACAACGGCGUUCUAGCGUGGGAAGGUGCUUGGUAUUCCCCGAAGUCCAUCAUCAUGGCAGUGUUGAAGCUCAUUAUGAACGACUUUAGGUUGGGUAGUGUCGCGG